AUGAGACUCCAAACCUUAGCCCUGAAUCUCAGUUUUCUUGUCGGUCUCGUCGCCACUGCCGACGAGCCGAAAGGAGGCUCGUGUGAGAAAUACAACCUCUAUAAGUGCGGCGAAAGCGCCUUUGAUGCAGCAGAGCUCGCCGAAAUCGCCCAGCUUCAAGAAGACGGGCCCCUUGACGCUCGGUCGAUCGACUUCUCUGCUGCGGAUGAAGAAGUCGGCUUCAACAUCACAAAACUUGUUCGUCGCAGCGACUUCCAGGACCUCCAAGGAGACAAGCUGCACGCCAGGGUCGAGGAGGUCCUGGGCGCCUUAGUCGCCGGCCCCUCGAGCGACAACGAGAUCCUCAAGAGGUUCAAGCUCGAAGUCCGCGCAGGCUACCCGACGCCCAAGAGCUUCUGCGGCAAAAAGCUCAUUUACGACCUGCCCGGGUACCCGUCCGGCGACAAGCUGUACGACGUCAGUGACUGGGGCAACUGCGAAGACUUCAACUUGAAGCUUCCUCCGCGGUCCGGUGACACCAAACCAGCCGCGGGGAGAGAACAUCAGGACGAGCAUGUCCUCGAGAUGAACAUGCUUCAGCAAUUCGGCCUCGAGGUCCUUCUCAAGACUCCAGACCCCGACGAUGACCCGCAAAACGACAAGGUGACCAUGUGUGAUUACCUCAAGCGAUACUGGAUGGUAUCAGGGGGACGUGGCGGGCAGCUGAAUAUUGUCAACGAACGCAAGGUCUGGACCUUGGUGGGCGACGCAUGGCCGCAUAUGGACGAAGCCGGAGAAAAGGAGAUGGUCAGGGUGGACAAGGAGGUGAACGGACUUAAGACAUUGCUUUUCCAAGUCAGCAGCAAGGACAUUCAUAACAAGAAGACCAUCAUGAAGAAGGCAGAAAACAUCAAGACCGUCCAUUACGUUAUCAACAAGCUCCGUGUGGCUGUCGUGUUAGCCGACUACCUGAACAAUGCCGACGUCAACAAGAUCUAUUACCGGCAAGCGAAGCGCGUCGGAGAAGCCAUGGACGUGGCCGAGAACGGACUGGUAGAGAACUGGAAGGCGCAGCCGACGCCGUACAGGAAACAGGACCUGCGCGACAAAUGGAUGGCAUGGAUCGACACGUACACGGACGCCCUGAACAAAAAGCUCAAGACUUUUAUGGUCAUGCUCGUCGAGGUUGUCGAGAAGCACAUCGAGGAUGGGGAGAAGGAGUUGAAAACUAUGGACACCGACAGGAAGAAGCUGCACGAGCGGAUGAAGGCUACCGCCAAGAAGGUCAGAGAGGUGACGAAGACGGACACCCUCUUCAAAAACCCCUUCAAGCCCGGGGCGGCGCCUGCCGAUACCCCUCCCGGCACCCCUGAUGGCACCCCUCCCCCGAGCCCUUGA